GCACAUUGACGUCCGCCUACGCUAAAAUAGGACAAGAAUCUAAUUGGUAGCUUAGUAUUACAAAACGACAAAUCACUCCAAUGUGUAGUGAAGAUAAACUUAACUCAGCCAAGAAGUAUAUAAACGAGGCUGAGAAUUGUUUAAGAGAGAAAAACUUUAAAAAUGCCAUUACCAAUUAUCAUAGGCAAGUGGGCUAUUCUCUAUCUGAAAGGGAUUGAGGAAGAUUUGAAAAACAUUCCUCCAGAUACCGAUCUCAAUGAAAGUCUUCUCAGAAAUUGCCGAUCUGCACGUGUUGACUGCCACAGAGAGGUGGCUCGUAUUCUUAUAGAAUUAGGACGCCAUCACGCAGCGCGUAGUCACUGUGAGCAAGUGGUAGACUUUUCACCGAACAAGCACUCGUAUUAUCAAAUGGGGGUCGUGUUUUUUCAUAUAAAUGAACUGAAAAAGGCAUUAUCCUUUUUUGAGAAGGCAAAAGCUGAAUGUGGUGGGAUUGAUACCUCAAUUACCAGAUAUCUACGACAAUGCGAACAAUUAAUUGAAGCAGAAGAGAGCAACAAAUCACCUCCUGACCCCAGAAAUGUUCCCCAAGACCGGACUGAUCGAUCUUUUUCGAUGUAA